AUGGUGACUUUAGAAAGAAAAGAAAAGCCUGGACGUUCGAAAGAGGCUGGAGCCUCCCAAACCGACAUUUUGGUAGUCAGUUGUGAUCUCAUUACUGAUGCAGCUCUACAUGAGGUGAUAGACCUGUUCCGUGCAUACGAUGCCACAGUGUCGAUGCUGAUGCGUAAGGCACAUGAGUUUACUGAACCUGUGCCAGGCCAGAAAGGGAAAAAUAAAGAAGCCGAACAAAGGGACUUUGUUGGAGUUGAUGACACGUGCAAACGUCUACUUUUCAUGGCUAACGAAGCUGACUUGGAUGACGAGCUUGUCAUUAAGAAGUCCUUGAUGCAGAAAUAUCCUAAAAUACACAUAAAAACUGCACUUGUGGAUGCCCAUCUGUACUGCAUGAAAAAAUGGGUUCUGGACUUCCUUGUGGAAAACAAGUCUUUCAUGUCAAUCCGGAGUGAAUUGAUACCAUUUCUGGUCCGAAAGCAGUUUGCAGCUCCUGGCUCUUCUCAGCUUUCUAAAACUGGUGCCAAUGAAGAUCGGAAGAAAAACUCCAAAUCUAUAGAUAUAUUAAGUUAUGCAAAAGAAGAUGAUCUUCUGAAUUUAGCCAGAGGUAAAUCAUUUUGGAAUGAUCACCAUGGAGAUAUGAAUGAUCCAUAUCACGGAACCAAGCUUCGUUGCUAUGUUCAUAUUAUGAAGGAAGGGAUGUGCUAUCGUGUAAAUACUCUAGCUUCGUAUAUUGAAGCUAACCGACAGGCUCCUAGGUUCAUGUCUGCCUUAUCCCAAGAAGAAACAUUCAUCCAUCCUUCAGCACAAAUUGCUGACAGAUAUAUGGUUGGCACUGACAGUAUGAUUGGCUAUAUGACUAAAGUGGCAGAGAAUACCUCUAUCAAGCGGUCAAUCAUCGGCGCCUCCUGCACAAUCAAAGAGAACGUAAAAAUUGCCAAUUCCAUAAUCAUGCAUAAUGUCACUAUUGAGGAAGGGUGCUGCAUACAGGGUAGCGUUAUUUGCACCAGAGCAGUUAUUGAAAAAGGAGCUGAUGUCAAGGAUUGUCUGGUCGGAAGUACACUGCGUGUGGAUGCUAAAUCAAAACAUGUGAAUGAAGUGAUAGUAGGCAAUGAUCGCUUGAUGGAGAUAUAAUCUCACCCACGAUCUGGAGCCUCUGUAGUUUCUGUUCACAUGGACAUCAUCAGACAAGGAACAUCAUCCACAGGUCGUCACAAGGCAUAUUAAGACCGACGAAGAAUGGGCAUUGGGUUUGAGUUGACUGUGCUGCUUUGCAAGCUAAUUUCUGUCAUCUAAUAUGUUGAUCAAUACUGGAGGUUUUUAACAGACUUUUUUUGGAUACUUUCAAUUUUUUUUUCUUGGUAUGUCAAAAAUGCCUGGCAGGAAAUGUUUUAAUGACUCCAACUGAUACAGCACCUAAUUAAGAUCAGUGAGAUUGGUAGCUGGCAGGCAUUUUCCUUUCAAACUAUUGUAUGAAAAUCUUUUAAAACAAUCUCAAAUGAUCAGAAUAUUUUAAAAUAAAAAAUUGGAAUACUGUGCUCAAAUAGCUAAGCUCAUGGUUGGUAUGUAGGAGAUUCUCCUACUUUGAAGUUGCAUUCUCUGAUUUAUAAUUUCUUUUUCGUGAUUGCAAAAUCAUCAUGUCAAUGUACUAGUCUUGAAGGAGUAGCAGCAGGAAUUGAGAAUGGUCUUGCAUAUGUUCCUGGAGAAGAUUAUACUAAACAAAAGCAAAGCAUGCACGAAGAAAAAGAUAAUUAAUUUUUUGAUGGUCUUUUAUGUGCCAUUCAGCAUUGGAAAAACUGUUCAGAAAUCUGGUUGGAAUAAAAAAUAAUGCAGAUGCUGGAACAAAGACAAACAAACAGGAGUUUGGGAGAACGCAGCCAGCCAGGCAGCAUCUGGAGGAAAGUAACAGUCAACAUUUUGGGUUUUUUGGGUAAUAGCUGAAACAUUGGCUGCUCCUUUCCUCCGGAUGCUGCCUAGCUUGCUGUGGAAGAACAGAGUCUCCUAUUUGUCUGUUCAGAAACCUGACUUCCUUCAGCUAGUUAAUGUUGCCAAGACAUAGACAGAAAAUGAAUCAAGAAAUUUAUGUUACAUUUAAAUUUGUAGGAAUCGAUAGAAAGUAAAGUUAUUGGGACUGGCGACAAAAGAAAACCUCAUGACCCCAGCGAAAUCACCCAAAAACUCGAGAAUCUUCCAUGAGUAGUGUUGGUCCGUAUCCGCUGUCAAGACAGUGGAGGGAGGGUGCAUAGAUUUGGUGUCUUCACAACAAUAGAGUUAUGACUGUAUCAUUGUAAAACUUUCCCAUUUCCAGAAGCACCCAAGUAUCUGUGAACCUUAUCUAUAACAUGACAAUCCGUUUGAACUAAGACUACUGCAAUUCGAACUUGAAAAAUGGGAUAAUGAUACAACAAAGAACUGUGGAUGCUGAAAAUCUAAAACAAAAACAGAAAUUGCUGGAGAAAGUCUGGCAGCAUCUGCGGACAAAAAGCAGAUUUAACUUUUCUGAAGGAACUGAAAAAGGGUGACUGGAUUCGAAAUAUUAACACUGCUUUCUCUCCACAGAUACUGUCAGACCUGCAGAGUUUCUCCAGCAAUUUCUGUAUCUGAUAACGAUGUUUAGUGUUAAACUUGUCAGUAUUCAUCCAGUUUUUACUUCUCUUAUUAACUAACAUAUUAAAAUGAAUGAGUCAGUAAAACUUCUAUAUUUGCUUUUUAGCAUAUUACCAAACGAUGUUAUAAUUUAUUCAGUCUCUCAGACAGACGGAUUCGGGUACAUCAAGUAAUACAGAAAUCACUGUCUCUUAAGAAGACCAUGAAAUCUCAACUUAUUGCUCAUCCUGAAUUCUUACAAUACAGAUUUAUGAAGUUCAUGCAGCUUGUCUGUAUUUAUCUCAAUAAACAAGAUCUGUUUACA